GCGGGUUGAGGGAGCUCCUCCUCCAGCCUGCCGUCGUCACAGCAGAGCCGGACCGGAGCAGCUCGGGCAACCCACGGCCACAGCAGCUGGCUUGCCCCCUCCUGCGCGGUUAAAAGAGGGGGGGAGAAGACACGGGCCGGGAGAGAGAAAAAACUCCCCCGUUACAUUUUUUUUUGCCCCCAAUUCGGCGCGAAAAGACAUGGCCUCCGACGGCAUGGACGAGCGGUCCCCGCUGCUGUCGGGCCCCAACUCCGAGAACGUCACCCCCACCGCUCCCCCGUACCUGCAAGACCCGAGUCCCCGAGCCGAACUACCUCCUCCCUACACAGCCAUCGCCAGCCCCGACGCCGGCGGUGUGCCCGUCAUCAACUGCCGCGUUUGCCAGUCGCUCAUCAACCUGGACGGCAAACUGCAUCAGCACGUGGUCAAGUGCACCGUCUGCAACGAGGCUACACCCAUCAAGAAUCCUCCUACAGGGAAGAAGUAUGUUAGGUGUCCCUGCAACUGCCUGCUCAUUUGUAAAGACACAUCCAGGAGGAUAGGAUGUCCUCGACCGAACUGCAGACGCAUAAUCAACCUGAGCCCUGUGAUGGUCAUCCCGGAGGAGCAGCCCGCUCAGCCGGCGCUGCCCAUCCAGCCGGAGGGGAUGAGAGUGGUCUGCGGACACUGUGGCAACACCUUUCUAGGCAGUGAGGACGCCAGGUCAUCCCAGCCAAUGUCUGGUCUCCCCAGCGAUGGCUCGCCCCCAGCGCAGCAACAGUGGAUGGAGCUUCGAUUCAACACGCUAGCCAAGUGUCCCCACUGCAAAAAAAUAUCCUCUGUUGGCAGUGCUCUCCCCAGAAGGCGCUGUUGUGCUUAUAUAACCAUAGGAAUGAUCUGCAUUUUCAUUGGAGUGGGUCUAACCGUUGGUACUCGGGACUUUGCCAGUCGCUACAACGCCACCUAUGUGUCCUGGGCUUUUGCCUACCUGCUGGGCCUCAUCUGUCUGAUACGAGCCUGCUACUGGGGAGCCAUCAAAGUCAGCUACCCGGAAAAUAGCUUUGCCUAG